AUGUCCAUCAAUAUGUUGGUAUCAGCAGCAACAUCGACUGAAAAAGUAUCAGAUAAAAAUAAACAACCAUAUUAUACGAAUGAGUUUGUACUAUUAGUCAAUGGUGGAAUGAAAGCAGCGAAACAAAUAGCGGAAAAAUAUCAACUGAAAUAUGAAGGACAAGUAUUACCACAUGAAAAUUAUUUUGUAUUUCGACAACUGAAUAGUAGUUUUGACAACAGAAAAAAACGUUCAUUAGAACCAGAAAAUGUUUUAAUUAAACAGUUGGAAAAUGAUCCAACAGUUUUGUGGGCACAACAGCAAGAAGUGAAAAAACGUGUAAAACGAAAUGUGGUAUUAUUUCAUCCAUCUGUUAAUUCGUAUACAACUUCAGCAAUGUUUAAUGAUCCAGAUUGGAAUAAGCAGUGGUAUAUGCAUGAUUCAAGUGAACAUGGUCGAAUGAUGAAUAUAUCAGGGGCAUGGAGAUUGGGUUAUACCGGUAAAAAUAUUGUCGUUACAAUCUUAGAUGACGGAAUUGAAAAAGAUCAUCCAGAUUUAAGAGAUAAUUAUGUAAGUGUGAGAAUGUUAGACGGUGAAGUGACUGACCUUGUUGAAGCAACUGCAUUAAGUUUUCGUCAUGAUUUCAUUCACAUUUAUAGCGCGUCAUGGGGACCCGAUGAUGAUGGAAAAACAGUAGACGGACCAGCCACAUUAGCCAUGCAAGCAUUCGAGAAUGGAAUCCGUUAUGGCAGAAAUGGUCUUGGUUCAAUCUAUGUAUGGGCUUCGGGAAAUGGUGGGAAAGAUGACGAUAAUUGUAAUUGUGACGGUUAUACAAAUAGUAUUUAUACAGUAUCAAUUUCGAGUGCUACAGAAAACGGCAAUAUACCGUGGUACAGCGAAGCUUGCUCUUCAACAUUAGCUUCGACAUAUAGUAGUGGCGCAUCAGAUGAAAAGCAAGUUGUAUCAACAGAUUUACGAAAUCAAUGCACUGAAAAUCAUACGGGAACAUCAGCAUCGGCUCCAAUGGCUGCCGGUAUCAUUGCACUGGCAUUAGAAGCAAAUUCAAAGUUAACCUGGCGUGAUGUGCAACAUUUGAUAGUUGAAACAGCUAAACCAAAACAUUUAAAUGCUAUCGAUUGGAAAGUGAAUGGAGUGGGCAAAAGAGUUAGUCAUGCAUUUGGUUUUGGAAUGAUUGACGCUGCAGAACUAGUAAAGAUGGCCGAAAAAUGGAAAACUGUUCCAACACAAAGAAUAUGUCAUCAAACAAGUUCCAAUCUGACUGCUCGAUCAUUCUCAAAAGGAGAACGUGUGGCAUUACAAAUGCAUACAGAUGCAUGUUUAAAUACUCAAAAUGAAAUAAAUUAUUUAGAACAUGUUCAAGCUAAAGUAUCUGUUAAAGUCAAAUAUCGAGGAAAUUUACAAAUUUUUCUAACAUCACCAAUCGGUACAAAUUCAACAUUGUUAGAUUUAAGAAUGAUGGACGAAUCAUCAGAUGGAUUUUCAGAAUGGCCAUUUAUGACCACUCAUAAUUGGGGUGAAAAUCCAAGAGGCAUAUGGACUUUAGAAAUUGUAAAUAUAGCUACCAGUGGUGUCUUUAUUAAUUGGACUCUGAUAUUGCACGGUACAACAAUUCCACUUCAUCGUGUUAGUAACACUUUUCAUCCUGUUCAUUCCCAUGUGAAUCGUAAUCAUCGACCAACAACUAACACGAUGAACAUGAAACAUCGUACUCAUUACCAACAACAUCAUGCGCAUUCAUUGUAUAAUUCAAAUCGAAAAAAUAAACAACAGUAUCAUCCUAAACAAAAUAAGGAUCAGAAUAACAUCUAUUUGAAUAGUAAUGAACAGUAUCGUCAAUAUGAUCAAUCCUCAUUUGUGAUCAAAUCUGAACCUCAUCGUACAUCAACAGCCUCUCCAUUGACAAGAGAAGAGGAUUUCGAGGAAUUUCGAGAUGGUAAUGAUGAUGGAAUGAAUCAAAAUGAACAAACUGUAUCAUCCAUUUCAAAAGAUAUGUUAGAUGAUUUCAAUUCACGUUUAGUUAAUUUUUGUCAACGACAUAAUAAUGAAUUGUGUCAUUCAUGA